AUGUGGGGUGGAGCUCAUAAUGUUGAAAAGUUUCCACAAUAUGCCAGCUACCAUCAAAGCCCAUUGUGCAAGUCGUGUGAUUAUCAAAAAGGACAACAAGAAGGUGACAAAGAUUCUCAAGCUGUAGUCAAGAGCCACGUGUUUGUCACAGAAAUGGCAAAGAUACUUGCAGCCAAACAACAAAAAGUUCCUAUCAAGGACAAUGUGGUUGUCAAAAAUUCCAAGCAUGCCAAGAGGAUGGCUGCAUUCCACCGCAAACAAGAAGAAGAUGCUCAGCAAACCAUGCCCAUGGCAAACAAUAUUGCAUUUGUUGGACCUACCAAAGCUGAAGUGAAUGAGUGGUUUCACGACAAAAAAAAGAGAAACAAGAGGAAGCUGAAUAUAUUUAUCAAGCGUUCAAGGCAUGGCACAAGUUCUCCCCUGACGAAGCCCCCCCCCCCCUGA